CCUCUCCCCGCUUCCCUCCGGCCCGGCCAUGGAUCUGACCAGCAGCUCGGGCGGCGGCGACCCUCGGCAGAUCGAGGAGACCAAGCCGCUGCUGGGGGGCGACGUGCCGGCCCCCGAGGGCACGAAGAUGGGCGCCGUGCCCUGCCGCCGGGCCCUGCUGCUGUGCAACGGGAUGAGGUACAAGCUGCUGCAGGAGGGCGACAUCCAGGUCUGUGUCAUCCGGCACCCGCGGACCUUUCUCAGCAAGAUCCUCACCUCGAAAUUCCUGAGGCGCUGGGAGCCGCACCACCUAACGCUGGCCGACAACAGCCUGGCGUCCGCCACGCCAACUGGGUACAUGGAAAACUCCGUCUCCUACAGCGCCAUUGAAGACGUUCAGCUGCUGUCCUGGGAGAAUGCCCCGAAGUACUGUUUACAGCUCACAAUUCCUGGGGGAACUGUCCUGCUGCAGGCUGCCAACAGCUACCUGCGAGACCAGUGGUUCCAUUCUCUGCAGUGGAAGAAAAAGAUUUACAAAUACAAGAAAGUCCUGAGUAACCCGAGCCGUUGGGAGGUCGUCCUGAAGGAGAUUCGGACGCUGGUGGACAUGGCUCUGACAUCCCCUCUGCAGGACGAUUCCAUCAACCAGGCCCCACUGGAAAUCGUCUCAAAACUGCUCUCAGAGAACACAAACUUGACCACCCAGGAGCACGAGAACAUCAUCGUGGCAAUCGCUCCUUUGCUGGAAAACAACCAUCCACCACCCGAUCUCUGUGAAUUCUUCUGCAAGCACUGCAGAGAGCGGCCCCGGUCCAUGGUGGUCAUCGAAGUGUUCACCCCCGUGGUCCAGAGAAUCCUGAAGCAUAACAUGGACUUUGGGAAGUGCCCGCGACUGAGGCUGUUUACUCAGGAGUACAUCCUUGCCUUGAACGAGCUCAACGCAGGGAUGGAGGUGGUGAAGAAGUUCAUUCAGAGCAUGCAUGGCCCCACGGGGCACUGCCCCCAUCCCCGGGUCCUGCCCAACCUGGUGGCUGUGUGCCUGGCUGCCAUCUACUCCUGCUACGAAGAGUUCAUCAACAGCCGCGACAACUCCCCCAGCCUGAAGGAGAUCCGGAACGGCUGCCAGCAGCCCUGCGACCGGAAGCCCACCUUACCUCUGCGCCUUCUGCACCCCAGCCCGGACCUGGUGUCUCAGGAAGCCACGCUGUCCGAGGCACGGCUCAAGUCGGUGGUCGUGGCCUCCAGCGAGAUCCACGUGGAGGUGGAGCCCGCCAGCACUGCCAAGCCGGCGCUGACGGCCAGCGCGGGCGACGACAACGAGCCCAACCUCAUCGACUGCCUCAUGGUCAGCCCCGCCUGCAGCACCAUGAGCAUCGAGCUGGGCCCGCAGGCCGACCGCACGCUCGGCUGCUACGUGGAGAUCCUCAAGCUGCUGUCGGACUAUGAUGACUGGAGACCAUCUCUGGCCAGCCUGCUUCAACCCAUUCCAUUCCCCAAAGAAGCUCUCGCGCACGAGAAGUUCACCAAGGAACUGAAGUACGUGAUUCAGAGGUUCGCCGAAGACCCUCGACAAGAGGUCCACUCGUGCCUGCUGAGCGUGCGAGCCGGCAAGGACGGCUGGUUUCAGCUCUAUAGCCCCGGAGGGGUGGCCUGCGAUGACGACGGGGAGCUGUUUGCCAGCAUGGUGCACAUCCUCAUGGGCUCCUGUUACAAGACCAAAAAAUUCCUGCUCUCCCUGGCGGAGAACAAGCUGGGACCGUGCAUGCUCCUGGCGCUAAGGGGGAACCAGACCAUGGUGGAGAUCCUGUGCUUGAUGCUGGAGUACAACAUCAUCGACAACAAUGACACGCAGCUGCAGAUCAUCUCGACGCUGGAGAGCACGGGCGUGGGGAAGCGCAUGUACGAGCAGCUGUGCGACCGGCAGCGGGAGCUGAAGGAGCUGCAAAGGAAAGGCGGGCCCACCAGGCUAACACUGCCCUCCAAGUCCACAGACGCUGACUUGGCUCGUUUGCUGAGCUCUGGCUCCUUCGGAAACCUGGAGAACCUCAGUUUGGCCUUCACCAACGUAACCAGUGCCUGCGCUGAGCACCUCAUCAAACUGCCUUCUCUCAAGCAGCUAAACCUGUGGUCCACUCAGUUCGGAGACGCCGGCCUGCGGCUCCUGUCGGAACACCUCACGAUGCUCCAGGUGCUGAACCUGUGCGAGACGCCCGUCACCGACGCCGGCCUGCUGGCCCUCAGCUCCAUGAAGAGUCUCUGCAGCUUAAACAUGAACAGCACCAAGCUCUCGGCGGACACCUAUGAAGACCUGAAGGCCAAGCUGCCCAACCUGAAGGAGGUGGACGUCCGCUACACGGAAGCCUGGUGAAGCUCCCGUCGGCAGGAAGCAGUUUGCAACCGCAACUCACAACUCCUGACUAAUAGCCGUAGAGCAGCGGGUCUCGGGGUCCCACCCCCGUCCUGGCUGUGAGAUAGAUGGGGGAGUCUUUCUGGGGGCAGAGGGCGGAGGGGGGAGGGGUGG